GAUUCAACGAGAUUUUAAAAUCCUUUCCCGUCCGUGACUCGAGAAGCUUCUCGUCGUCGCCUUCCUACUAUAUAAUGCGCAUAUUUCGCAACCACAUGGUCUCAUUUUCUUCCCGCAACUGGAAGAGGUGGUUGAGGGAAAGCUAUCUUUUCUGGGUCUGAAACUUAACUGUUCUAUCCUGCGCUAUGAUGUCGUAUUCCAGACGAUCAAGGUAUUCCUUCUCCCGUUCACCCUACAGUAGGGACAGCAGGUCUCCCUCGAGAUAUCUGUCAAGGUCAAGGAGCCGUUCUAGGAGUUAUGAUUCAAGUGAUGUGGAAAACCCUGGUAACAAUCUUUAUGUCACAGGCAUAUCACCCCGGAUUACAAAGAAAGAACUUGAAAAACAUUUUUCAAGCGAAGGAACGGUUAUAGAUGUUCAUCUUAUUGUAGAUCCUUGGACAAGAGAGUCUCGUGGCUUUGGGUUUGUCACAAUGUCUACGGUUCAGGAGGCUGAUCGCUGCAUCAAGUAUCUGGAUCGCUCAGUACUUGAAGGUCGAGUCAUCACUGUGGAGAAGGCAAGGAGGAGAAGAGGUCGAACGCCAACUCCUGGCAGGUAUCUUGGAGUGAGAACCAUCCGUGUGCGUCGUCGAUCUCCUAGUUAUUCUCCUUACCACAGAAGUCGAUACAGUUCCCCACGUUAUUCCUCUGAGAUGGGCAGGGAUAGAUCAUACUCCCCAUAUUACAGCCGGCAUAGAUCAUACUCACGAUCCUUGUCCCCCUACAGCAGGUCGCCAGUGGCGAGGAGAUACCGGUCCUACUAUAGGAGACACUCAUGUUCUUCCGAUGAUGAGUCGUACUCACCACGAGAUCGCUCCAUCUCACCUUAUUAUAGGAGGCACUAUCGGUCGGUCUCCCGAAGCAUUUCUCCAAGGCCAAGAAGGAGCUCAAGGAGAAGGUACUCAAAUAGUCCAUCUCCUAGGCGAAGGAGAAGUUACUCUCGCAGCCCUUCUCCAAGGUUGAGGAGUUGUUCUCGCAGCGUCUCCCCAAUACGAAGGAGUUCAAGGAGUCGCUCGCGUAGUGAAAGCUAUUCAAGGAGCAACAGUGUUAGCUCACGUUCAUUAUCGAGGUCCCGAUCACCCAUAUCAAGGAGUCCGUCACGGGACUAAGUUUAGCUUCUGCCAUCAACUGCGCUGUGUUUUUAUUACUCAGCUAUCUCGAUCUUGUUAUGAAAAGCUUUCAGUUACGGUACUACGGGUAGCAGGCUUAAGGCCUAAUGUAGUAGUUCUAUUUACUUGAGAUGUUACUUCGAUGAUGUACAUUUAAUGUGUGGGUGAAAAGGUACGAGUUGUAUGACAUCAUUUUGCAUUUAACAUAAGGUAGGUACAAGUAAUUUAUCCUUUAAACUUUUAA